UGAAUCCCGCGGCACAACAUCCAUCAUUCUCCAACGCUCUGAAAAAUUAGUGGAGUUUAUUCUCCUUAAAUUUUCAAACAUGCUCGGGUUUGAAUUCUUUAUAGGACUCGCUGUCUUAUUCUUGUUUCAAAUGUGGUGGCAUCGAGAGAAAAACUUACCCCCAGGACCCAGCGGCUGGCCGGUGGUCGGUUACCUGCCCCAUCUUGGAACCGAGGCCUACAAAACGCUUCAUGCCCUCACUCAGAAAUAUGGACCAACGUUCAGCUUCUAUCUGGGCAGAAAAUUGGUCGUAGUUUUGGGUACUUUCGACGCUGUGAAAGAGGGAUUGACUGAUAGUAAGAUUCUGGACCGACCGAAAAAUCCACCGAACCACCUGUUACCGGACAGCACAAACUUGAGCGUUGCUAACGGACGAGCCUGGAAAGAACAGAGAAGAUUCACCAUCCGGGUGCUGCGAGAUCUCGGAAUGUCGAAAAGCAGAAUGGAAAAUAUCAUCCAGGAAGAACUGAAGAAGUUAAUAGAAAUAAUCGACUCGAAAGACGGCGAGGCGUUCAAUCUCGACGAAAUUCUGCUCCCCAGUGUCUCCAAUAUCAUAUUGACUCUGCUGACAGGCAGCCCCUUAGAUUUCAAUGACAAGGACAGGCUCUUUCUGAACAAGAUGCUCCAGACGAUGGUACUUUUCUUCCGACCAACCCGAGUCCAUGCCUUCUUCCCCUCUUUGCGCCAAUGGUUGGCGAAAUUGAAAAUAUGGGGAUACGACCGGGCAGAAUACUACAUGGAGAAAUUUUCAAACUACAUCAUAGCUCAGAUUGAAAACCACAAAAAGUCAGUGGAUAGUAAAGAGAGGCCGGAUUACAUUAACUCAUAUUUGUUGACUCUGGAAUCAAAGAAGAACUGUGAAUCGUCGUUCUCAGAGAAAAUGCUGAAGGGCAACUUCCAGUCCCUGUUCAGCGCGGGCAGCACUCCCAGCCGCGCGACUGUCGAAUGGUGCCUCCUCGCCAUGAUCCGCCAUCCCCACAUCCAGAGAGCCGUGCACGAGGAACUGGACACUCUGCUGCCCAGAAAUCAGCCGCCCACCUGGAAGGACCACCCCAACUUGCCUUUCACCUUGUCGGUGGUGUAUGAAGUGCUGAGACACAAUUCCAUAGUCCCCAUUCCCUUACUGAGGUGCACCUCCGAGCGCACUCGGAUCAGUGGACACGACGUCCCCAAAGGCACUAUCGUGAUAUCGAAUAUCUGGAGUGUGCACCACGACCCCCAGCAUUGGGAAGACCCAUUCACUUUCAAUCCAGAACGAUUUCUAAAAGAUGGAAAAGCCGUCAGACCGCCGGCUUUCAUGCCCUUCUCCUAUGGGAAAAGAAAGUGUCCCGGGGAAGAUAUGGCGAUGGCCCUCGUUUUCUUGUACUUCGCCACUCUGAUGCAGCGUUACACCGUCUCCAUCCCGAACGAAGGUACGGACGUCCGGCAACUCUUGGGGGUCGCGAAUGUCGCCCUCUUGGAGAAAGUUUGCUUGAAGAAAAGAUUUCAAUAGUUGCUUUAAAAUCAGCUAUUCAAGUCUGUUUGAUAUCAGGGUAUAUUUUAAUCCUUUUAUUUAUAAUAACACACUCAGAAGAUUAUAAAAGUUAUUCUCAAAGCAUUUUAAACUGUGAAACGUCAUCUUACAAAUGCGUCUUUCACAACGAAAUAAAAGCUUUAAUAAUCAGCGAUUAAA